GCCACUACCCCUCGUUAUCACCACCCCUCCUACUCACGGUCAUCCGAAUCACCAUCCCCACCAUCCGACUGCAGCGGAUAUACCGUCAGACCUCCACGAAAUAUUCACGCACCGACUUCCCGAUGAAAUCUAUUUCUACCUCUCUCGAGGACUACUCGGGCCGCAGGCGUUGGUUUGGUUGACUAGUGGCCAGAUUGUUGAACCUCCUCCGUUAGACAACGGAGAGACGACUGAAUAUAAACGCUUUGUGAAGGAAGUGAUUACGGAUGGCCAGACCGGGCCGCGUGCCACGGCACUAGCGUUGAUUAGCAGCGUCUCUCAUGUCUUCUGGAACAAUAGGAAAAUCAUGGGAUCUUUCUGGUUUGAGCCUCCCGCGCCUCAUAGUCAGAAGGCCGUCCAACACAAUUCGGUACAGACUGUCCAGCUCGCAGAGAGAGUGGCUGGCUGGAACGUUAGUUACGCAAUCGUCGAAGAAGAACUUAGGAGACAGAACUCUUCCACAAUUGAUUUUGCUCUUUGUUUGGGAGCAACUGCAAGUGACAAGUUGGCACAGCGUACAAAAGGAAAGUCCGGUCUGCCGUUGGGACACCUGGAGAAGAAGGAUGAAGUUGUAGCUAAUGUUAUCUGGCGAUUCCUUGAACUAAGAGGGUUCCUACUGAACUCUCACACCCACUCACCGUUAGCGCGAGCUAUGUACACAGCUAUUAAACAAGCUCGACUGAACGACAAGUUCCAGGACCCUCUAUAUUUGUUCCUGGAGCUAGUUAGGGCAGGUGUUAUGCACGGCCAUCUAUGGUCAGGCCGAGCCUUCAGUGGUGGGCCCAGUUUCGGUACCGAUGAUGAGAAAUCGUGCAUGCUGUUGGUCAUGAGAGUGCUGAGCAUCGUGCCUCUAAAUUUCAAGCCACAACCAUGGUCUGCGCCACUAUCCCGUGAACUGCUAGUGUUCAACUCGUUUGUACGGUCGCUGACGCGUGCACUGCGGACACUGUUGGAGGUGACGUCUCUGAACAUGCUGUUGCGGUCAGACGCGCGCCGAGCUCGGGAUGAUCUGCUGGAUAUUACGCUGUCACUGCCUUUCCAAUCUGAGGUUAACACGGGAUUUGGAGUUCUGGCCAAGGUGUACCUCGACGCCCUGACCCAUAUCAACAAUGGAACACGAGUUCGAGACCCAAAUGCGGAGGGGGUUAGGGAGGCGAAAGCGUUGGCUCUCGAAAUCUGCGAAGACACGUUCCCGGGGGUAAAGAUGCCAAAACAGGAAGUUGAACGAGGGUUCCGAUUCUGGGAUAUUGCGCUUACGGGCAUGCGGCUACUCCACUCAGAGGGGGCAGUUCUGCGUGAGCUGAUUGACCAGUUUGAGGCUGCUGAGGCAUGGCUUGCACCGAUGCGGCCUUGAGAGAGGGGCAUACUGGUAACAAGUACAUUGGGAGUUGGAUGAAAUAAAAAACAGUUGCUGUGACGGAUG